UUCUUAUUUUGUUAACCUUUUUAGCAGCUGCAAGACUUUGAACGGCAUCACAAAGAACUUUUUCCUACUACGAGUUAUAACGACUGUAAUGCUGAUAUGCAUCGCGACGUUUAUGAUAGUAAAUACCUACAAACAUGGUUCGAGUUUUCACUAAUGCCAAAUUUUCAGAGCCUUAAUCCCGAAACCAUGGCGAUGGCAAUCUCAUACUUUAUGGCGAUUAUGACUGAGGUUUUUCUGUACUGUUACUUAGCCAACGACGUCAUCGUCACGGUAAGCGAGCCUUUAUUCGAAGUAUUUUGUCUACAGGAGAAGUUACAGAGUACCGCAUUUGCUGAUUAUGUCUACACCUCUGGUUGGCAUUUGCUUAACGUGUCCCGAAAUAAGGAUCUUCAAAAGGCGAUGAGCUUGUUGAUUUUGAGAGCCCAAAGACCUGUCAAAAUGACAGUCGGAAAUUUCGGAUUCCUGACCUUAGAGUUCUACAUAAAGAUGGUAAAAUUCUCAUUUUCAAUAUACACCUUUUUGGGGAAGACUUUGAAAUAAACGGUUCCUCCCACGUUAGGUCAUGCAGCACGUAUUCACGAUUAAUCGGUAUAUGCCAUACGAUCACAUGCUUUAUAGUAGGUUAAUUACGAUUUUUUGACCGGUUUGUAAGCUC